AUGGCGUUCCAGUCAAAUGUGAUCAGCUCGCAGCCUCAGACCUCACAGUACACUGUGUCCUCCGGAUUAACCGACUGGAGUUCAAAUGUGUGCGACUGCUGUGAAGACUGCGGCAUCUGUCUUUGUGCAACGUUCGUCCCGUGUAUCCUGGGCUGUAAGGUGGCCCAGGAUAACGGGGACAGCUGCUGCCUGCCCUUCCUUCCUGGUGCCAUGAUUGCUCUAAGGACAAGCAUACGUAGCAGAUACCACAUUGAGGGCUCAGUGUGUGAUGACUGGGUAGUCAUGGCCUGCCUGCCUCUGUGUGGACUGUGUCAGAUGGCACGGGAGCAGAAGAGGAGAGGAUAA